AUGGAGGACUUAACCUACAAAGCCAAACUCGCUGAACAGGCUGAGAGAUACGACGACAUGAUUAACAUCAUGAAAAACGUUAUCAACCAAGCCACUGAGCUCAACGUGGACCAAAGAAACCUCCUAAGUGUCGGCUACAAAAACAUUGUCGGUGUCCGCAGGACCGCAUGGCGAACAAUUUCUGCAUUAGAAGCCAAAGAAGACUCUCGCGGAAACGCCAAAAGAGUGGAACUUGCCCGUGCUUACCGUCUGAAAAUUGAAGAAGAGCUGAACAAAUCUUGUCAAGAGAUUCUUGAUGAGAUUACACUGAUCCUCAAUAAAAAGCAAAAUUCCAAAGAAGCCCAGGUCUUCUUUUUAAAGAUGCAAGGAGAUUACUAUAGAUAUAUGGCUGAGUACCAGACCUCAGAAGUCAAUAGAGCUAGGUAUGGAAACGCUGCAGCUGAGAACGCUGCGAGAGUUUACCAGCAGGCAUUGGACCUUGCAACUGCUGAGUUGCCACCUACUCACCCAAUUAGGUUAGGAUUGGCUUUAAAUUAUUCAGUGUUUUUCUAUGAAGUCAAAGAACAGCCAAACGAAGCAUGUAAUAUGGCAAGAAAUGCAUUCGACCAAGCCAUUGCAGAGCUCGACAACUUAGACGAAGACCAAUAUAAAGACAGCACCACCAUCAUGCAGCUCAUCAGAGAUAACUUGACACUUUGGACUUCUGAAAUGCAAGAAGAGCCAAAAGACAACGCUCAAGUAGAAGACCUCUAA